AUGUCCCGAAUUCAGACGACAACAAUCGGCACCCGGCCCACACCUAUUGAAGUGCCUCCCUUGAGAUUCUUGAUCAUGGAUGCUCCUAGGCAGGUGACAGAGUUAUUGUCAGCUGGAAUUGCCCUUCACGACAUGGAAUAUGCAGAUGGCCAGUCACCUCCAAAAGAUAUCAUUGAUCAAUGGCUGAAGCUGGUUGAAAAAACUUUCUUUGCAAAUGCUAGUGACUCUGCGAAAAGUUGCAUUGCGGUACAUUGUGUUGCAGGGCUUGGACGAGCCCCGGUAAUGGUCGCGCUUGCUUUGAUUGAAUUUGCAGGUAUGGAUCCGGUGGAGGCCGUGUCUUUGAUCCGAAGACACAGGCGAGGUGCAAUCAAUGAAAAGCAACUGCUAUACCUCGAGGGGUACAAAAAGUCCUUUAAGAGUGCCGGGGGAGCGUCGUGUUGUGUUAUAUCUUAA